AUGCCAGACUCUACAAAAGUAAGGACGCAAAAGGCCUCAGCUGGGAGUGUCUUCGAUCGUUUGUACAAGUCAUCCACGGCGGCUUCAAGAUCCCGGCUAAAGACUCACCGGGCUGCGGCUAGGGCUCCGAUCAAAAAGAUUGCAGUGGAUGAAGAUUGUUCAAAGAUAUUUAAUAGGCUCUACAUCUCAGGAACUAUAAGCAAUACUGGAAAGAGAGUCACACCAAGACAUCCUUCAACUCCUUUCAAGAAAACGGUUCGAUCUCCUCUGAAUCGGACACCUGCAAAGACGCCAUCCACGAAGAGUCGAGAUUCGUUUGUUUAUUCACCGAGGAUGAAACCACUGACGAAAUUGACCUUUAAGAGUAAAUAUCACCCGAGUCUUGGUGCAUUGGACACCCCACCUCUAAAGCUAGGUAUGAGCUUCUUUCAAUCGUUUUGCCAGUAUGAAACAGGUGAAAAAGACUCAAAAGGACUUGCAAAGGAGAUAAUUGUGGCAUUCUUCAAGAAGGAUUCCCCAGCGGGAAAGCAAUGGGAACUGCAUGAUCCGUGCGCAAGGCGUGGUGCGGUGCCUACCAGAGAAGCGAGAAGUGCGCGUCGAAAAUUACAUAUAUGA